UCCCCUCCCCAAAUCCGCCCCCAGACAGGGGUCAAAGGCAGACCCGAGCAUCACGUGUUCGCACAGCACCACAAAACGGCGAAGAAUCCGCCUUUGGAGUCAGAAGAUCCAGUAGGAGAUUCCGGAGUCCUGCUGGGCCCCGGGGUCGGAGACUCCCUGCAGAAUCGGGGCUGAAACCUCGGGAGACCUGCGGGAUCCAUUCCCGAACGCCAGAAGCGGGGCGCGUUCCUAGUUGGAUGAGUAAAAUGAGGCCCAGAGAAAGGAAGUAACUUUGCCCAGGUCACAGAGCUGGGCUUGGCAUCUUCAGUCCUUUGCCUCCAAGUCCUGCUUUCUUUCCGUCGUGCCACUUUGCCUCCCCGUGGAGGUCAUCUUUCCAUCGUGCAGAUUGUAACUCUUCCUCGUGGAAGAGUACAGAAUUCCUGCUCACGCCUUCUCUUUGCAGGAGUCACCUGCUGAGGCUGAAGGUAAAACCAGAGCAGAAGGUAAAGCCAACAGGUGGAAUUCCAAGGAAUGGAACCGAGGCACAAACAGUCGUGCUCCUAGCCUGGGAGGAAGGAUGAACUGACCAGUGGCUUUUAUCUUCUCAGCUCCCCUUUAAGCAUCUUGAUGAAAUUCCAAGCCACUUGUCCAGAGCCGGCUUCCACUGCCACCGCAGGCCCACCUGGACAGCAUGAAAGCCCUUUUCUGCAUCAGGGUGUCCCUGCACCCCUACCCAAGGUUCCCCAGGAGGCACUGACGCCCCUGGGCCAAUUCUGCUCUGCCCCGGGACUAGGAGCAGAUUUGCCAUGGUGACAUAAACAGGGCAAGGAGGAAGGAGAACAGCUCAGUCCAUGGACCACCCUCCCUGGUGGGAAGAAAAGACACUCUUAGUCCCUGCUCAUCCCUGUGCACAAACAGCUUCUGUUAUUAAUUAUUUUUAAUUUAUUGCUUUGGAUUGAAUUCUUGUUUUUCUUCCUGUGAAAAGAAUUGGGGGGGGUGAGGGUGGGGGGAGGUGGUUGCUAAGCAACAUUGAGGAGCCAGGAUGACCAUCCCCCUGUGCCCAAGGAGGCUUCGCAGGCAGGCAUCCCCUCAGACCGUGCUGCUCCUGCUGUUUGCCUUCUGCCUGCUCAGCGUUUUUGUCUCCGCCUAUUACCUGUAUGGCUGGAAGAGGAGCCUGGAGCCCUCAGGUGAGGUCACUGGGCCUGACUGUAAUGAGGAGCCCCAGAUCACUCCAUCACGCCUCCUCCCCCUCAAGACCCUUAAGGUGUCCUCGUCCUCACGAACUGAUGCCCUUGUGCUGGUGUUUGUGGAGAGCCUGUACUCCCAGCUGGGCCAGGAGAUUGUGGCCAUUCUUGAGUCCAGCCGGUUCAAGUACCGCACAGAGAUUGCCCCCGGGAAGGGGGACAUGCCUACUCUCACAGACAAAGAUCGGGGUCGUUUUGCGCUCAUCAUCUAUGAGAACAUCCUCAAGUAUGUCAACCUGGAUGCCUGGAACCGGGAACUGCUGGACAAGUACUGCGUGGAAUAUGGUGUUGGCAUCAUUGGCUUCUUCAAGGCCAAUGAGAACAGUCUGCUGAGUGCUCAGCUCAAGGGCUUCCCUCUCUUCCUCCAUUCGAACCUGGGCCUGAAGGACUGCAGCAUCAACCCCAAGUCCCCACUGUUGUACGUGACCCGGCCCAGUGAGGUAGAGAAGGGCCUGCUGCCUGGGGACGACUGGACCGUCUUCCAGUCCAACCACUCCACCUAUGAGCCGGUGCUGCUGGCCAAGACCAAGUCGGCUGAGUCCAUCCCCCACCUGAGCGUGGGGGCGGCCUUGCACACCACGGUGGUGCAGGACCUGGGGCUGCAUGAUGGCAUCCAGAGGGUGCUCUUCGGCAACAACCUCAACUUCUGGCUGCAUAAGCUGGUCUUUGUGGACGCUGUCGCUUUCCUCACUGGCAAGCGCCUGUCGUUGCCCCUGGACCGCUAUAUCCUGGUGGACAUUGAUGACAUUUUUGUGGGCAAGGAGGGCACCCGGAUGAAGGUGGAAGAUGUGAAGGCCCUUUUUGACACUCAGAAUGAACUGCGCACACACAUCCCAAACUUCACCUUCAACCUGGGGUACUCAGGGAAAUUCUUCCACACGGGUACAGAUGCUGAGGACGACGGUGACGACCUGCUCUUGUCCUAUGUGAAGGAGUUCUGGUGGUUCCCACACAUGUGGAGUCACAUGCAGCCCCACCUUUUCCACAACCAGUCUGUGCUGGCUGAGCAGAUGGCCCUCAACAAGAAGUUCGCUGUCGAGCACGGGAUCCCUACCGACAUGGGCUAUGCCGUGGCUCCCCACCAUUCUGGCGUGUACCCUGUCCACAUGCAGCUUUAUGAGGCCUGGAAGCAGGUGUGGGACAUCCAGGUGACCAGCACAGAGGAGUAUCCCCACCUGAAGCCUGCCCGUUACCGCCGUGGCUUCAUCCACAAUGGGAUCAUGGUCCUCCCCCGGCAGACCUGCGGCCUUUUCACCCACACUAUAUUCUACAAUGAGUACCCCGGAGGCUCCAGCGAACUGGACAAAAUCAUCAAUGGGGGAGAGCUCUUCCUCACUGUGCUGCUCAAUCCUAUCAGCAUCUUCAUGACCCACCUGUCCAACUAUGGGAACGAUCGUCUGGGAUUGUAUACCUUCAAACACUUGGCGCGCUUCCUUCGCUCUUGGACCAACCUGAAGCUGCAGACGCUGCCGCCAGUCCAGCUGGCUCAGCGAUACUUUCAGAUCUUUUCUGAGGAGAAGGACCCCCUGUGGCAGGAUCCUUGUGAAGACAAGCGGCACAAAGACAUCUGGUCGAAGGAGAAAACGUGCGACCGGUUCCCCAAACUCUUAAUCAUCGGACCCCAAAAAACAGGCACCACAGCCCUUUAUUUGUUCCUGGGAAUGCACCCCGACCUGAGCAGUAAUUACCCAAGCCCAGAGACCUUUGAGGAGAUCCAGUUUUUCAAUGGCCAAAACUACCACAAAGGCAUAGAUUGGUACAUGGAGUUCUUCCCUAUCCCCUCCAACACCACCUCUGACUUCUACUUUGAGAAAAGCGCCAACUACUUUGACUCUGAGGUGGCCCCUCAGCGGGCAGCAGCGUUGUUGCCCAAGGCCAAAAUCCUCACCAUCCUCAUAGACCCGGCCGACCGAGCCUAUUCUUGGUAUCAGCAUCAGAGAGCCCAUGAUGACCCGCUUGCCCUGAAGUACACCUUCCAUGAAGUGAUCACGGCAGGGCCUAAUGCCUCCCCAAAGCUGCGGGCACUUCAGAAUCGCUGCCUUGUUCCUGGCUGGUAUGCCACCCACAUUGAGCACUGGCUUAGCGCUUACCAUGCCAACCAGAUCCUGGUGUUGGAUGGCAAACUGCUCCGGACCGAACCUGCCAAAGUGAUGGAUACCGUGCAGAAGUUCCUCGGGGUGACCAACAUUAUUGAUUACCAUAGAACUCUGGUGUAUGAUGCAAAGAAAGGAUUCUGGUGCCAGCUGCUUGAAGGAGGGAAGACCAAGUGCUUGGGCAAAAGCAAAGGCAGGAAGUACCCAGAAAUGGAUUUGGAUUCACGAGCCUUCCUAAGAGACUAUUACCGGGACCAUAACAUCGAACUUUCUAAGCUGCUGUAUAAGAUGGGCCAGACGUUGCCCACCUGGCUGCGGGAGGACCUCCAGAAUACUAGGUAGCUGCUGCCAUCACCAUGACCAGAGUGAGCAUUCAUGAUGGCCAGGGAGCCCCCAGCCUCACACUGAGCCACCCCGGGGGUGUGGAACAUAGCCCAGAACUGCCAAGCAUUUCUGAGCAGUACCCCACCAAGGCCUGACCUGGGAACGGGCAGAAGAUCCCAGGGCAGCCGAAGAGAGCUCCAGAGCCUCCCCCAGGCAAGGCCUACAGCCAGGCACGUGGCCCCAAGCACUUCCUGUUCGAAGCUUCCCUGGGUGUAAGGUUGCUUCCCGUCUGUGUGAUGCCGCAGCCUUGUGAGAGGGAUUCUUUACUACUCCUCACGGUGCCUCUAGGCACUGUCCCCUUCCCCCAGGCAGGGCACUCCCUCAGUAUUAAUCGCUGGACAGUGAGGGGGGUGGGGCGGGGCAGGAAGGAUCUUUUGCUAGACAGGAUGGAGGAACAGAACACACCCCUGUCCAUUUCAAAAAAGGCCCUUCAGAAAGGUAGGUCUGGUACUCAGAGCUAGUUACCAGGCUGGACUUAAGUCUGAUGGCCUCCAGAGAGUUCUGGAGCCCAUCUGAUCAAUACCUUCCCCUCUCUGUCCUUAAAAUGUCUUCGGUACCUACAGUAUCUACUCAGUCCCCAAGGGAUCUUUCCAGGGGAUGUUUUUAACCCCUCCAUCCUAACAUCCUGACUCCUAGGACCAGGUCCUGGAGUUGUCCCAGAAUACUUACCCUAACUUCUUGACCCAUAUCCUUUCCAUAUCAUCAGAUAUGACUUACGUGGUGUUUUCUGUGGUAAAAGACUGAGGUGACCCCAGGGUCCAGCUACCAGAACCCAUUCCAGUGUACAUAAAAUGUUCCCUCUAGCCCCGAGCAAAGGCUAUGGGCAGUGAAGAUGGUGCCUACAGCCCGGUACCUCUGCCUCUGUUCCUGCUUUGAGCAGGCUGAGGCUUCCCGGAGAACCUUUUAAAACCUCUCAAAUACUAAAAGCUGAAGUAUUUUAAUAUUUUG